UGGGGUGCGCGCGCCACCGUCUCGAGCAGUUUCCCAUCCAUUGAGAUGUGAUCAGCGCGCGCUCUCUCUCCAUCCUGUAAACCAUCGUGGGCUCCGGACUCCGGGUUUUCUGGCUACGCCCUCCUCCAGUCUGACAUCUGUUUCUCCUCCAUGAGGUCCGGUUCGGCAUCUCAGACCCGCUCAGUCUUCGGAUAACAUGGACCACGAGCCGCUGUAAGCCGGAUUCGGUGCUCGCGCACACCGUUGCUCAGAGGGGAGCAGUCUGGACUGGGAGCACCUCAGGAUGAUGUCCUCCUUCUACCACUCCGGGAAGGAAGCAGACAUGGCGGCCAUGACGGAGCCGCUGUGUCUGGAGAGGGACGUGUGCAGGGUGAUUGAGCUGCUGGACCGGCUGCAGCGCACUGGUGAGCUGCCCCCGCCCAAGCUGCAGGCCCUGCAGAGAGUCCUGCAAAGCAAGUUCUGUGCUGCCAUCAGGGAGGUGUACGAGCAGCUGUACGACACGCUGGACAUCGCUGGAGGGCCGGAGGUGCGAGCGCAAGCUACAGCCAAGGCCACCGUGGCAGCGUUUGCAGCCAGCGAGGGUCACGCCCACCCGAGGGUGGUGGAGCUGCCCAAGACAGAAGAGGGACUGGGCUUUAACAUCAUGGGGGGCAAAGAGCAGAACUCCCCCAUCUACAUCUCCAGAGUUAUCCCUGGAGGGGUGGCGGAUCGGCAGGGGGGGCUGAAGCGAGGAGACCAGCUGCUGUCUGUCAACGGAGUGAGCGUGGAGGGUGAGCAGCAUGAAAAGGCCGUGGAGCUCCUGAAAGCUGCCCAGGGCUCCGUCAAGCUGGUGGUGAGAUACACCCCCAAAGUCCUGGAGGAGAUGGAGGCCCGCUUCGAGAAGAUGAGGAGCGCCCGCAGACGGCAGCAGCACAACAGCUACUCGUCUCUGGAGUCCAGGGGCUAACUAAAUACCUCCACCCACCCUACCAUGCAGCCCUCCUGACUCUUCUGUCCAGGCGGGAGGCAAGAAUAUAGAGGGAAGCAAAAAAUAGAUGAAAAACAAACAAACAAAUAACAAAAACAGCUG